AUAGUUCGGUUGAGCUCUCCCUCAAUAUAAACACCGCCGGGAGUUUCCGAAAAAUCACAUUCAGGCGUCAAGACUGAACAAUGGUUAACAUGAGCUAUCACCAAUUUUUACUAAAAUAUCCACAUUCGAGUUCAAGACAGUCGAGAAGGCGAGCGAAUAAAAGAAAAAGGAAUUGUUGGGACAAGCUAUCUCCAACAAAUUGGCAGACUUGAUUAACAGAGACUUUCAAAAGGUCCAGUGUGAACCGUGUGGCCGAGUAUCUGUGUGUUGCGACUGACUGGCGAGAUGACUGCCGAGUGGCUACACCUGCCCCCGCCGUACCCCCCUGGUGUGGGGCCGUUGUGUGGUGCAGAGUUGGAGGCGUGGUAUGAGGACCUGCAGGAUAUUCUGGGCUCCGACACGGGAGGGGCAAAACUGGCACGUGCCCCCACAUGCACCGAGGUCAGUUGCUUGAAGAAUGAAAUGGCUAUCACACCCAUGAUGAGUAAGGAGCCGGAGUUUCUGGAUGUUCUGGAGAGUUGUUCUCUGACGUGGCUGACUGAUGGAAGCCAGACGUGGGGCGAGGGUGUCCAGAAGGCAACGGAGGAGAUCCACAACACCCAGCCUCUGCAUCACACCUCAUCCUCAUCCUCUUCUUCCUCCUCUUCUUGCAUGAGUCCAGCUGUUGCAGAAGAGCAGCGGGCAGAGGUUGAAAGUGGGAGAAGUGGAGAUAGCUCAGCAGGAGGCGGCAGUGAUCUGCUGCCUCCAGAGUUCUUUGAGUUGCUGAGUGAAGGCGGAGUGGGAAUGGUGGAUCCAAGCGGAGCAGUGAUCAGCAGUGGCUAUUAUUACCACCACCAUCAACACCAUCAGGCUAAUAACGUCCAUCCUGCCUCUCCCUCUGCCAGUGAGGAGGAACUGCCCUGUGUCCCAGAUUCUCCAUCUUCCUCGUCCUCAGCCUCCCAGUCGCCAUCCCAAAAUUGUUCUUCUCCCUCCUCACCCGUCUCUUCUCCCUCUGCCUACUUGUCCUCCCGCCUGGGAAAACGCAAGAGGACCACCAGCGAGAGGGCCAACGGUGCCUUGUCCUCUUUCGCCUCCUCCACGCAACGAACAUCCUCAUCCUACACGUCUGCCAAAAAGAGUCGCAAAGAAAGAGAGCAGGAGAACGAGAGGAAGGUACAGGAGCUGACGGAGCAGAACGAGCGCUUGAAAGCAGAGAUAGAAAGGCUGGGAGAGGAGGUACAGAGGACACGUAGAGCCCUGAUAGAGAGACUAGUCAACACCAGGAAAUGAGUAAAAAAAAAAAAUUAAAGACAGGAAUAAAUGAUGACAGGUCCUACAGAAUUGGAAUAAGCAAUGGUGGGGGGAAAGGUGUAAUAUGGUGGUCAUGAAAUGCCUCUUAAGACAGGAAAGGAUGGAAACCAAAGAUAUAUUUUAUAAGCAAGAGGAUUUUUGAAAAAGACAGAGCUUAAGAAGGCAAGAAGUAGGAAAGUGAUGAAAGCCAAGACAAGAAAAGGCACAGAGAGAAGGGGCUGCAACAGCAUUGCGGCAAAUAAAAAAGACACAGCAUGUACAAAGGAAAAGGAAGAACAGACAGCUCUAAGUGCAAAUGAUACAAUGUUUUUGACGAAUGUUUGUCAUUUUAAAGAAUGCCUAAUAAGUUCCAUCAAAUAGGAUGGCAGAAAUAAUGGUUUACAGGCAUUUGAUGAUUUGUAUGUUGGACAGAAAGGAACUUAAUUCAGAGAGUGCAUUUCAUUAUCAUCUGUUCCCACCAUUUUGCAAUAAUUGUAACUCCUACGUUAAGGGCUGCAAUCCCGCAAGAAGAGAUUAUUUGCCCCAAUUUGUGGAGAGUUUAGGAGCUCAGGAAAAGUUUGAAAGUGCCCAGUGCAGUGUGAGUAUGAGAGAAUGAGUUUUAUGGGAGAGAAUUCUUAUGGUUUCUUACUUUUUUACAACCCAUGGCUUGUGUGUAUGUGUAUUUAGAUAAAGUAAGUAGGACCCGGCUAUACUUUCUAAGCUGACCUUUUCUAUCAAUAUGGGAAUUUGUGGUAGAAUUAACACAAUUUGUUCUACCCUGAUUUACUAUUUUUAUAUAACACUGUAAUAUAUAUAUACACACAAUUGUACUGUAAUGGCUUGUACUGUAAAAUGCCAACAUAUCCAGUUAUUUUCUCAUUGUAGUCACAUAAAUUGUUAAUCGUAGAAUAAUAUGCAUGGCUUUUAUCAUUGAUGGAAUCAAAUACAUGUAUUUUACCAUACCAUUUAUUUUAUCCGCCAUUGUAAUCCCAGAUUUGCAAUAAAAGAAAAAAAUGUGCAA